CGGCGCCCGGCCGGAGGCUCCCCGUCGCUCCCUACCCGCGCUGCCGGCUGCCCCGGCUCCGUUUCUCGGCCUUUGAGCCGCUCGAGCUUCCGUGGACGCAGCGUUAGGGGACGUGCGCUGUUCUUAGCGAUCUUCUCACCUUUUUCGCAAUUGAUUUCCUCGGUCUGUUACUGAAUGGUGCAGAGGUGUGUGCGGAGUUGAAGCUAUGUUAGGUAUUGAUGAUAUGCAGAGCUUUAAUAUUUUAAAAUACAGGGCUUAUCUCUUAAAAUAGGACUCAGCCCCAUCAAUUUAGUUUUACGUCGUCAUGCUUACGUUUGUUUUGUGCUUUAGAGGAACCUUCUGGUGCUCCCUUAUUGGAAUGGAGAUUUCUUCCCACCAGUUUCAGCUCCUGGAGCAGCUGAAUGAACAACGGAAGCAGGACUUGUUCUGCGACUGCAGCAUCCUGGUGGAGGGGAAGGUGUUCAAAGCACACCGAAAUGUGCUGUUUGCCAGCAGCGGCUACUUCAAGAUGCUCCUUUCGCAGAGCUCCAAGGACACCAGCCAGCCCACUGUAGCCACCUUCGAGGUCUUCUCUCCAGAGACGUUUAUGGUUAUCCUGGACUUUGUGUACUCAGGAGUAUUGCCCCUAACGGGUCAAAACGUGAUAGAGGUCAUGUCGGCAGCCAGCUACCUGCAGAUGACAGACAUCCUUAAUGUCUGUAAGACGUUCAUUAAGUCGUCUCUGGAUAUUAAUGAGAAGGAGAAGGAUCACUACCUGGGCCUCUCAGCCAAAAGCACAAACGGUGAACCUGCUCACGCAUCGCUUUAUCGCUCAAGGAGGAAAGCAAAGAGCAACCCGAGGCGCUCCUAUUCCAUUCCAGAUGAAAAGGCAGACGUGGUGAAUGAGAAUUCCUGGAGCAGUUACAGCACUUAUCUGUCCUCACAGGUGAUCCUUCAGCGGGCGGAAACGCAGCUCUCAAAGAGGGGCAGAAAGCAGGGCUCGGCCAGGAAGCGGCGGAAGCACUUGGGGCUGUCACAGACACGAGAAUUUGUGCAGGGCAGAGCGAGUAAAGCUGAGCGGGCUGAGGGCUGUAACACAUCAGAUUGCAGCCACGACUCCCGAGCUAAAGAGGAGGCUGAAUUUGAUGCCGAGAAUGACGUUGAUCGCGCCGAUGAUGGAUAUGAUCAGGAAUCAGAAGUGACCCCCAAGAGGUGGGCUGUUGCUCAGCUGGAAGAGCUGUCACAAACUUCUGAGUUCAUGGAAUUAAAAGCAGAAGAACUGUACAGCUCAGUGCCCACAGUUUUAGGUGUUAUGAGUAGUUGGAAUGAAGAUGCCCUGCCUCGCCUGCGGUUCAAAUGCCCCUUCUGCACGCACACGGUGAAGCGCCGCGCCGACCUGAAGCGCCACCUGCGGUGCCACACCGGCGAGCGGCCGUACCCAUGUGAGGCGUGCGGGAAGAGGUUCACCCGGCUGGAGCACCUGCGGAACCACUUCCAAACGAUACAUCAAGCCGGCAAACUCAUCUGCAGGAAGUGCAAGCGCCAGGUGAGCGAGCAGACGGGCUGCGUUGUGCAGCAGGGAACGCGGCGCUACAGGCUGUGCCACAAAUGUGUGACAGGGACCAGCGCCGAGGGCAGCCCUGAAGGAGCGGGCGCAGAACGCGGCCCUGCCAGCGCCGGGGGGAGCAAACAUUCCAGGUGGGCUUUGGAGGAGGAUCAGAGGUCGGAUGGUGACGCAGUGGAGGAGGAGCCGUAUGAUCUGGUUGUGCGCCGUGGUGCCGAUGGCGCUGCAGGCGAGGCGGAUGAAAAGGUGAAACCAAAUCUUAGGUAGAUAAUUUGUAUAUUCGUUACUGUAUAUUCAAGAUUAAAUUGCCCGUGUUACACCGGCUAAUUCUAGUUUGUUAGUUUCAUUAAUAUUAAAUGCUGCUAAAAUUGUGCUGCAGGAAGCAAAAUGUGGACUCCAAACACGUUGGUUUGUGCUUGUGAACACCCAGCAGCUCCUGAACAUCACCCAGCAGUCACCUACUGCCUGCAAACUGCUUAGAAGAAUUGCUUUGCUUUUUGACCAGGCUUUACUCAGAGCUGUUCAUAAUGAAAAUAUAAACCUUUCUACAAGGAAGGUGCUACAGUAUACAAUUAAAAACAAAUGAGCACACAGCUAUGGAUAAUUUGCUUUUGGAAAGUCCUACAAAAGCAAGCAUCUAAGAAGUGUAAAACAUAUUUGUUGGCAGUGUAAUUAACACAUAUAUACACUUACGAAGUUUUGUAAGAAAGGAGUGAGAAAAUCGGAAUCCUCCCCGCUCCGCUCUCGUUUUAAAGGGCUGACAGAAGGAACAGCCGCCCCCACCUCAGGCUUCGUGGAAGGCAGCCACA